GUCAAAUUGUAAAGCUGUCAGCUAGCAAAGCAGAUCAAUUAAGAGCUGAAGAGCCAGAGAAAGCUAAUACAGAGCGAAAGAGAGAGAGAGAGAGCGAGAGAGAGAGAGAGAGAGAGAGAGAGAGAGAGCGAGACAAACGAUGGGUUUCACGCAGAGGCUCUCCUGGCUGCUGUUGAUUUUGACGCUGUUUCUGUUGCUGUUCGCAGCACUGAUCGGAGGCAAGGGGGAGGGCCAGCUGGCGAAGGGGCAGCCGCCGGAAUUGACUCGCCACAAGCGCGAGGGCUCAGCCUUCAAGUCGCACGUUAGCAAGCGGCAGGGCGCUGUCUUGAGCGACGAAGAUGCGGCAGCCAUAGACGAUGAUGGCGACGACGUGGAGUGGGAUGCGGAGCAGAAGCAUCAAAUUAGCAUUCAGACGACCAAUGUGGAUGAGGAGGAGCGCAAGGAGCGGGAGAAGGAUCGCGAGGUCAAGCAGGCGCUCAUGCAGAUGAUGAAGCUCACCGAGAAUAAAGUUGCAAACAGACAGCAGGAACGAUUCGAUAAUGUGCCCGGCCUGGACUUUAGGCGCGAAUUCGCAAGCGACGAGGCCAAUCCCUACAUCUAACCGGAUCUCCACACCAUCGGGCUGACCCUUGAACCCCUUUACAGUUCAGGACAAAGAUGCGAGCAAUUUAUAUAUAUAUAUAAAUAUCUAUGUUUCAGUAAAUAUCUUAUUUUAGAAGUUUGCAAAUAA